AUGAAAGCGGAGACCUCCUCCAGCUUGAUUGAUUUGGGAAACACCAUCCAUAGUAUCUCGUUAUCAACCAUUUAUCCGAUACGGCAAAGUGAUUUCCAUCCGCAAAAUAGAAAAAAAUUCACCAUGGAUGAAAUGGACGUCGGCCCUGAAGAGCCAGAUCGCUUGGUCAACUACAUAUUGAUAUUCGUCUUUGCCAGUACGGCAUUUUAUCUUCUGAGGAGGUACUUCAAAGGUGCACAUUUUGAUGACAAAUUUGAGCAAGUGUCAGCAAAAGGCCUUGUAGCGGUGGUGACUGGUGCAAAUAGUGGAAUCGGUCUACAAACUGUGAGAGGAUUGAAUCUCGCCAAAGCCAAGGUGUACAUGCUGUGUCGCGAUGAAGACCGCGGUGCUGAAGCGAAGAUUAAACUUGCUCAGAUGGGUUGCGACGCCACGCUGCUCAUAACUGUCCGAUGCGACUUGGCAGACUUCAGCAGCAUCAGGGAGUGCGCGAGCGAAAUUUUGAAAGAAGAGGAUAAGAUCGACAUUCUUAUCAACAAUGGUGGGGUCAUGUUCUACCCCAGGUAUGAGAAAACGGUCGAUGGACAUGAGAUGACCUGGCAAAGCAAUUAUCUCGGUCAUUUUCUACUGACUCAUUUACUUCUACCUGCACUGGAGAAAGCCGAGAAAGCAAGAAUUGUGAAUGUCGCCUCGAUAAUGCAUCUCUACAGUAAAUCGUUAGAUCUGGAAACCAUUGACGAUGCGAAGAAGUACGGCUUUAUUGGCCUUGCGCAGUACAAUCGUAGCAAGCUCGCCAAUGUUAUGCAUGCUCGCGCCUUGACCCGACGUCUUCAUGAACUCGGCAUCCACAAUGUCACUGCGAAUUCGUUGCACCCAGGUUUAAUGAACAGCAAUCUGUAUCGAUUUACGCUUCUCAACAAAACGCCUCUUCUUCAACUCAGCGCCCCAUUCAGAUGGUUUUUCCUGAAAACGGAUAGUGACGGAGCGCAGACUUCGCUUUACUUGGCUCUCAGCGAGGGUGUGGAUGGAAUUAGCGGAAAGUACUUUGCGGAAUGUAAAUUGGCGCGUGAAAAUCCAGCAGCUUUGAAUGACCAGGCAUGUGACGAUUUGUACAAAUACAGCAUGGAACAAUGCGGAAUCACCGAAUAA